AUGACACAGGAUUCGCCCAAGCCCUCUGGGCCUGCGCACCGCUUCUCAGGCCUGGCCCGCCGGGUGCUGACCGUGGCCUUCGCCCUGCUCAUCCUGGGCCUCAUCACUUGGGCCUAUGCGGCGGGCGUGCCCCUGGCCACGGACCGCCACGGCCUGCUGGCCUUCGGUCUCUACGGCGCCUUCCUGUGUGCGCACCUGGUGGCGCAGAGCGCCUUUGCCUGCCUGGAGCACCGGCGUGCAGCGGCGCGGGCGCGGCGGGCCCCGNNNNCGGGCCUGCCGGGGGGCGCGGGCGGCCGUGUGCCCAGCGUGGCGCUUACCAUCUCGGCCUACCAGGAGGACCCGGCCUACCUGCGCCAGUGCCUGGCAUCGGCGCGUGCACUGCGCUACCCGCGCGCACGGCUGCGUGUGGUCAUGGUGGUGGACGGCAACGGUGCCGACGAUCUCUACAUGCUGGACAUGUUCCGCGAGGCCUUCGCCGACGAGGACCCUGCCACCUUCGUGUGGGACGGCAACUACCACCGGCCCUGGGAACCCGCGGCCACGCCAGCUCCCACACCUGGCGCCUACGGCGAGGUGGAGGCAGAGGAUCCGGGGAGGCUGGCGGUGGAGGCGCUGGUGCGCACGCACCGCUGCCUGUGCGUGGCGCAGCGCUGGGGUGGCAAGCGAGAGGUCAUGUACACGGCCUUCAAAGCGCUGGGCGACUCGGUGGACUAUGUGCAGGUGUGCGACUCCGACACCAGGCUGGACCCCAUGGCCCUGCUGGAACUGGUGCAGGUGCUGGAGGAAGACCCCCGUGUGGGGGCCGUCGGGGGUGACGUGCGCAUCCUCAACCCCCUGGACUCGUGGGUCAGCUUCCUGAGCAGCCUGCGUUACUGGGUGGCCUUCAACGUGGAGCGGGCGUGCCAGAGCUACUUCCGUUGCGUGUCAUGCAUUAGCGGGCCGCUGGGCCUGUACAGGAACAACCUCCUGCAGCAGUUCUUGGAGGCCUGGUAUAACCAGAAGUUUCUGGGCACCCACUGCACCUUCGGGGACGACCGGCACCUCACCAACCGCAUGCUCAGCAUGGGCUACGCCACCAAGUACACGGCCCGCGCGCGCUGCUACUCAGAGACGCCUGCGUCCUUCCUGCGCUGGCUCAGCCAGCAGACACGCUGGUCCAAGUCGUACUUCCGCGAGUGGCUGUACAACGCGCUGUGGUGGCAUCGGCACCACGCGUGGAUGACAUACGAGGCGGUGGUGUCGGGUUUGUUCCCAUUCUUCGUGGCGGCCACGGUGCUGCGGCUGUUCUACGCCGGGCGGCCGUGGGCGCUGCUGUGGGUGCUGCUGUGCGUGCAGGGCGUGGCGCUGGCCAAGGCCGCCUUCGCCGCCGCGCUGCGCGGCUGCGCACGCAUGUUGCUGCUCUCGCUCUACGCGCCUCUCUACAUGGGCGGCCUGCUGCCUGCCAAGUUCCUAGCGCUCGUCACCAUGAACCAGAGUGGCUGGGGCACCUCGGGCCGCCGCAAGCUGGCGGCCAACUACGUGCCUGUGCUCCCGCUGGCGCUCUGGGCGCUGCUGCUGCUGGGCGGCCUGCUCCGCAGCAUCAUCUGGGAGGCCCGGGCCGACUGGAGCGGCCCAGCCCGCAGGGCUGAGGCCCUGCACCUGGCCGUCGGGGCCGCGGCCUACGCCGGCUACUGGGUGGUUAUGCUGACCCUGUACUGGGUGUGCGUGCGCAGACUCUGUCGGCGGCGAUCAGGAGGCUACCGAGUUCAGGUGUGA